UUCAAAAGAUGGCUGAAAAGAGAUGAAAAUAUCACUAUCAAAUGUAUUUAUUUCUAUCCGGUUAGGUAUCUUGUUAAUUUUCCUAUGACCCUGUGUAAAUAAAAACUAUAAUGAAUAAAGUUUACGUGUCCAAAGCAUAUUCUAUUUCUGAAAGACUGGAAUAGGCUACACUUUUACUAUGCAAUACUGACAUACAGUAAAAUGGAACACAAUCAUAUUCAUUUGUACUUUUUUACAUGGUUCUGAUGGUAUUGCAUAACAGGAAUGACCCAUAUAUUAAAAUAUAUGCAAAUAUUAAAACACCUGUAAGGUUGCAGUAAAGUCUUUUCCACCAAAUAGGACCUUUAUGGUGUCCUUUUCCCUCAGCCCUUUAUGGUGAUGUAUGUCCUCUAGUGUCCUACGGGAGUUUAUGAAUGGUAGGCUAUUAUUUCAGUGACAGUGACUUAACAUGCUGACAAGGUUGUUAAAUUAACAUCAAGUAGGUAAUGUCACCUGCGCGUGAUCAUUAUUCACUCGCGUUGAUUUGGACGGGGGAGUUUUUCAACCCUCCCGGGCGCGUGGUGGCUGUGACAGCAUCGGCCCAUUGAAGCGAUCCGUUGCCAAGUGCAUGUCCCCGGUGGCGCGCGAGGGGCGUCUCGUGAGCACAGGGGGCUCUUGACAUCACGCUCGCCUUCAUAUAGGGGCGCGUGGCGCCGCCUUGUUUCUCAUCCACGGAGAGCAGUCAGUGUGCUCGGUUGUAGCUGUCCCGAGUAAUUCACUUGCGCGUGGAAGGCAGACUAAAAAGGGCGUGAACGCACAUCAAAGCGGCACAGAUAACGGGUAAAUCGCCAGACGACACCAGCGCGCGCAGACAGUCCGGUUAUCUCGGUUUCUGGCUGGUUUUCAUCACUGCAACCCCACAGGACUUUGUUCAACAUCCAAAAAGCGUCAAGAUGAUCAACAUGAGACCGUCUGAACCGGGACCGUUAGAGGAGAUGAUGUUAAUGAAGGUGAUAGUGAUGCACGAGGCGUUCACGGGCAGCAAUGCUCGCCGUUACGGUUCCCCGGUGGCGCGUGUAGAAUAAUGAAAGUUGGGGUCAAACGCAGAGAGCAGAGAUGUCGGUGCCAUUGCUGAAGAUCGGUGUGGUGCUCAGCACGAUGGCCAUGAUCACCAACUGGAUGUCCCAGACUUUGCCAUCACUAGUGGGGCUCAACACCACCAAACUGACCGCGGCGCAGGGCGGCUAUCCGGACCGGAGUAUAGGAGUGUUACCCGCUAACCCAGAGGAGUCCUGGCAGGUGUACAGCUCAGCUCAGGACAGCGAGGGCAGGUGUGUGUGUACAGUUGUUGCACCUCAGCAGACCAUGUGCUCGAGAGAUGCCCGCACCAAACAACUCCGCCAGCUACUGGAGAAGGUGCAGAACAUGACACAGUCAAUCCAAGUAUUGGACCAGCGGACCCAGAGGGACCUGCAGUAUGUCGUUAAGAUGGAAGAUCAACUCCGUGGUCUGGAGACCAAAUUCAGACAGGUGGAAGAAAACCACAAACAAAACAUUGCCAAGCAAUACAAGGCCAUAAAGGCAAAAAUGGCAGAGCUGCGUCCAUUGAUUCCCGUACUCGAGGAGUACAAAGCAGAUGCCCAGCUUGUUCAGCAGUUUAAAGAGGAGGUGCAGAACUUGACGGCCAGCCUGGGCCUCCUUCAACAGGAGAUGGGAGCGUACGACUACGACGACCUGCACUCCCGUGUGGUUAGCCUAGAGGAGAGGCUACGUGCAUGCAUGCAGAAACUCGCAUGUGGGACGCUGACGGGCAUCAGUGAUGCAAUCACUAUUAAAACAUCUGGGUCACGGUUCGGAUCCUGGAUGACCGAUCCACUCGCUCCUGAAGGAGACACUAGGGUGUGGUACAUGGACGGCUACCAUAACAACCGCUUCGUGCGGGAGUACAAGUCCAUGGCCGACUUCAUGAUCUCUGAUAAUUUCACUUCUCAUCGGCUGCCACACCCCUGGUCUGGAACCGGUCAGGUGGUCUACAACGGCUCCAUCUAUUUCAACAAAUUCCAGAGUAACAUGAUCAUAAAAUUUGACUUCAAGACGUCAACCAUCAGUAAGUCUCAGCGUCUGGACAACGCCGGCUACAGCAACACCUACCACUAUGCCUGGGGUGGACACUCUGACAUCGACCUCAUGGUGGACGAGGGCGGGCUCUGGGCCGUGUAUGCCACCAAUCAGAAUGCAGGCAACAUUGUCAUCAGCAAGCUCCACCCGAUAACCCUACACGUCAUCCAGACCUGGACGACCAAUCACCCGAGGCGCAGUGCGGGGGAGUCGUUUAUGAUUUGCGGGACGUUGUACGUGACCAACGGCUACUCAGGAGGGACAAAAGUCUACUACGCCUACCACACCAACUCCUCGACGUACGAGUACAUUGAUAUUGUUCUGCAAAACAAGUACUCGCAUAUCUCGAUGCUGGACUACAAUCCAAGAGAUCGCGCACUAUAUGCCUGGAACAAUGGACACCAGGUGCUCUACAACGUCACUCUUUUCCAUGUCAUCCGCUCCGAGCAGCUGUAACCAUGGAGAGUGGAUGUAAUGAUGGGAAAUGUCCAAGAACCAACGUUGAUGGACAGAUUGGGAAUUAGUUUGGAGGAUCUCAAAGAGGAAUGAAAAACUGAACCCAAAAACAGUCUUUGGGAAUGUUCUUCAACAGAUUGUUUUAAAAAAGUUAUGCUGAAUGGAAAAAUUUAAUUUAUGGAACUAUAGACAUAAGAAUGAAAGAUAAAAUAUCCAAACAAUGAACGGAAUGCCAAAAACAACAACAGAUAAAUGAAGCCACGCCUUUCUUUUAUACAUAAAAACUUUCCUUUGUAGAUGAUUUUCCAAUCUGAUGUUUUCCAGUAGCACUUAAGACAUUUGUCUAUGCUUCCUGUGCAUUGUAGUGGGGGAUGGGAAAUGAGUUACGGACUAGGAGCCAACAUGGAAUGCUCAUCCCAUUCCUCAUUAACCGAGCGUGUGCAGGAAAAUCGUUGGUGCUUGACUCGGCAAAUUCACAUGGACAGCUACUGCAGUCUGUGCUAUAUCAUGAGCCCAACUUAUUUGUGCUUUGCAGAGCUAAAUUCUUUCGAUAAUGAAAAUCAAAUUUAAAAAACUUGAUUGGCUGAAGGCGCUGACUGUUGAUAGCUCUGUUGUUGUUCAAAGGACUCUCGUGAGAUUUUACUUGAACUUCUCUGCGAUUAACUUCUCUAGACAUGGUCACACCAUAUCAUGAUAUUUAAUAAUGAUUAAUGUAGCACCUGAGAUCAGACCAAAGCGUGCUAUUAAAGAGAUAGUUCACCCAAAAAUUUAAAUGUCAUCAUUUACUCACCAUCAUGUUGUUCUGAAUGUCAUUUUUUCUUAUGUGAAACACAAAAUGAGAUAUUAGGUAGCACAUUAGGAAUAUUCUGGGUUCAAUACAAGUUUAGCUCAAUCGACAGCACUUAUGGCAUAAUAUUGAUUACCAUAGAAAUGUGUACCGACUCGUCCCUCUUUCUCUUGAAAAAACGCAAAAAUCGAGGUUACAGUGAGGCACUUAUAAUGGAAGUGAAUGGGGCCAAUUUUUGGAGGGUUUAAAGGCAGAAAUAUGAAGCUUAUAAUUUUAUUAAAGAACUUACAUUAAUUCUUCUGUUAAAACUCAUGUAUUAUUUGAGCUGUAAAGUUGUUUAAAUAGUUCAUUUUUACAGUCAUUUGAAAGGUUUUAGGGUUUGUUGACAUUACAUCAUCAUGGCUAUGAAGCUAUAAAAUUGGCUAUAACUUUACACAGAAAAGGUUAGUAAGCGAUUUUAUCACACUAAAAUCAUGUUAACACCUAUAAUGUUAAUGUCUUGUGGCUAUACUUUUGAAACAGUGAGUAUUUUAGCAUUCAAAAAUUGCCCCCAAUUUACUUCUAUUUUAAGUGCCUCACUGUAACCCAGAUUUUUGCUUUUUUUAAAGCAAAGGAGGGGCAAGUCAAAAUAAAUAUUUGUGGUGACCAAUAUUAUGCCACAAAUGCUAUCGAUUGAGCUUGGCUUGUAUUGAACCGGCAUGGAGCCACCCGCAGGAAGCAGACGCCACCCGUCUCACGGGCAGCCGCCAAGAACCCGAGGAAGGCUUCGAAGCGCCCCUGAGACGGGCGACCCAGGCACGUGGAGACCUGCUGCAGGCCUAGAGAUGGUAAUAUUCCUGUAAUUGCCAUUUAUUUUUUUAUUGCAUAUGUAUUGUAAUUGAAUGGUGACUGAGCCAUACAUUUAGCCUAAAAUCUCCUUUAGUGUUUCAUGGAAGAAAGUAAAAUGGCAACAUGAGGAUAAGAAAAUUUUCUUUUUGGGUGAACUAUCCCUUUAGGUGAAAAAUCCCAACCUGAUCUGAUGACUAAUUGAAAUACUAGUGCGAGUUGGCAAAAUCUUAAGAAAUCGUAAGGGUUGGCUCGUGCAAAAACGAACGACUUUUACUACAAUAGAGAAAAACAAACUAAACAAUGAACAAUGUUAUUAGGAUUUUCCCUAAGUUUAACUUCUAACCCAAACCUAAACCUAACCAUAAAGUAUAACCCCCUUUACCCAAAACCAUGAUUUUAAUAGGAAAAUUACUUUUGCGUUCCACGGAAGACAGGUUUUGACCGAGACGAGGGAAGAGUUUUACAGGUUAUUAACAUACAUCAAUUAUUUGUAUUGCAUAAAUAAAUAAGGAAUGAGUAACCAAAUUUGCUCACUGACAUUUCCUUUCUUAAAUAAAGUAUAAGUACUGUAUAAAAAAAGUGCUGAAUAGGAGGGUUGCUAAAAUUUGAUGCCUUUAUUGUUUCGAUUGGAAAUACUAUUAGCUAAUUUGUUAGUCUCUAUGGGAAUAAAAGUGGUAUCUUUUUCUUCGAUCCAAGUCAUACGAUAUCUCACGAUUUCACCAUCUUGCACGAAAUAUUACGAGUUGUCAUGAGACCGUGUUGGAGAGUCCACACUGCCCUAACAAACACCAACUUCCAAUGAUUGUUGGGUUUUGUUUGAUCAGAAUGUUAAUUAAGUCGCCGUUUGUUGGGGCAGUCUAAAUGAGCCUUUAAAGUCAACAUGGAAUCAAAAUUGCCCCUUUUUACUUUAUUAUAAUAUACAGUACAUUCCUGGUCUUAUUGUGAGCAAUUCUGUGCAUUUUAAUCUGAAGAAAAAAAUUUAUGUCUUUGUAAAUAACUUGCUCCACCUCUGAAACGGCUUUCCUUUGCAAGUGAUGUCGCCAUGCUCUUUUACUUUUUCAUCCACUUAGCUCCUUUCUGGAAUGUAACUUUUUUUAUGAUCAAGUCAAUUCGCAAUAGAUAAAAUCAAGUCCUGCCCUAUAUUUUUCUCAUUGAUAAUUUUUCACUCUGAAAAAUGUCACAUUACGGAAGGAAAAAGGGUGCGAACACUGAUUAAUGUUGUCUUUAAGCAUUCUCCGGUGAGAGUAUCACCCUUCAAGCUAACGAUACACACUUGUUGUGUUUGUAAAUAGACGUACAUCGGCAUCAUAGUUGCUACGAUACACCAUGUCCGUAACAAAUGUGCAAGGUGUUAACAACAGAUGGUUCAGGUCGAAUCUUAUGCUGAUUUGUGUCUUCUAGUGAUUUCUUGUGAAAUAAUUUUUUUCAUAUUGCAUGAACAGUUUCUAUGUGCGCAGGAGUGCUCAAAGGAAUGUUUACCUGUAUGAUGCUGUACAUCUGACUUAUAUGGGAUCAGGGUUGGGGGGAGGAGGUUGUAUACGGGCACAUAUCGCGGAAAGGAGUUUACAGGUUUGGUGGGUAAACAUGGGAAUUUAAAAAAAAAAAUGCUUGUUUAUAUCAUUUGUUUUGAGUGGCUUGUUUCUUAACUCCCAUUCUUGAUUUUUUAGAUGUAUAGAUAGUUUGAGGUUUUUUUUUUCUUUCUUUUUUUGUAAUAUAGUACUGUCUGCUUGGGUGAUGCUUCAGUGUCCUUUUUUUAUUUUGAUGGCAUUAGGAAGCCACAUUUUUCUCACAAACUAAAAAAAAAGUCCAUUACGAUUUCAGAAUGUAAAAUGUCUCUAAGACAGUAUAGCGUAUGUCUAAAAUAUGAAUAUUAAACUAUAGAAAAAUCAUUGAGCAGUCUGAUAUGGAUUGUAGACAUUAUAACAAUUAUACUGUCUUAUAAAGCUAAUAUCAGCUCUUAUUCUUUUUGCGCUUAGCUGGACGUGUGUUGUAUUUGCAAUACAUUGAUUCUUACCAAUAAACCGGGGUUCUAUAACCUGAUGUCAUCA